AUGGACAACAUCCUGCAAGGCCUCAAUGCUGCCCAGAGAACCGCCGUAGAGUCGCCUGCCGCUGUACUGCAAGUCCUCGCACCUCCAGGAUCCGGCAAGACCAAGACGCUGACGGCGCGCGUCGCGCAUCUCAUCGCCCAUCGCCAGCUGCUACCAUGGAACAUCAUUGUCUGUACCUUCACCGUCAAGGCGGCAAACGAGAUGAAAGAGCGCAUCAAGAGCUUUGUCGGCGAUGAGCUCGCGAAGCAGCUGAAGCUAGGCACCUUCCACUCGGUCGCACUGCGAUAUCUGAAGCACUAUGGCCAGCACAUUGGGCUCGCUAAGGACUUUGGCAUUGCCGACACCUCGGACAGCAAGGCCAUCUUGAAGCGCAUCAUCAAGAAGCUUGGAAUGUCGAUCGAGCCAGGCCAGGCACUUGGAAGGAUCUCUUCGCGAAAGGCGAAAGGCGAGACGGACUCAAAGCCUGAGAAAGGACCGAAAAGCGUAGAUCAGCAGGAGUUCUUGAGAUUGUUUGAAGAGUAUGAGGCUACGUUGGCCGCAUCGAACUUGCUCGAUUAUGAUGAUCUGCUCCUGCGAUGCCGGUUUUUGCUCAAGUCCCAUCCGCAGUGCGUUUCGAACGUGCAAGCCGUACUGAUUGAUGAGUUUCAAGACACGAACAAUAUACAGUACGAGCUUAUGGGUCUGUUCGCUCAACAACACAACCAGAUCACCAUCGUCGGAGAUCCAGACCAGAGCAUAUAUGGCUUUCGGUCCGCUGAGAUCAAGAACCUGACUCGAAUGAAGAAACAGUGGCCAGACACCAUCACGAUCAACCUGGAAGAGAACUACCGUUCGUCAGGCGCGAUUCUCCAUGCUGCGCAAAACAUCAUCGAGCAGGACGAGAGCAGACCGCCGAAGAAGCUACAGGCUACCCACACUUUCGGCCUUCGUCCAGUACUUCGCAAGCUUCCUUCGGCAUAUGCAGAAGCAGAAUGGUUGGUGUCAGAGAUUAAGCGGAUGCGAGCCUUGUGCGGAAACUCCAUCGAACUAAACGACUUUGCUGUAUUGCUGAGGUCCGCCGCACUGUCACGAGCCAUCGAGACUGCGCUGGGCAAUACAGGCAUACCGUACCGUAUGGUUGGGGGCAUGAGGUUCUAUGAUCGCGAGGAGAUCAAGCUUGUUGUCGAUUACUUGCGCGUGAUCCAUCAGCCAGACAACAGCGAAGCGGUAGAGAGGGUCAUCAAUGUGCCUUCACGUAUGAUUGGGGAAGCAACCAUCAAGAAGCUGCGAGAAGAAGCCCAGAGCAAAGGUGUCUCAUUCUGGUCGCUGAUCCUCGACAUUAGCCAAGGAAGACGUGCGGCACCUAUGAAGCUGACUGAGCCGACAAGCAAAGGUCUGGCCUCCUUCGUGAACGUCAUCCUUGGUGGGCGCAAGAAGGUGGAAGCAUGGUCUACGGAGCCACCAUCCGUUACGGGGCUGAUCAAUUUAGUGGCCCAGAAGAUCGGCCUAGAGGCGCACUUGCGAAGGAAGCAUACCGGCGACGAGACUUUCGAAGCUCGUUGGAGCAACGUCGAAGAGCUCAUGGCGCAGGCUACGGAGAUCACAGCCCCUGGAAAACUCAACGAGCUCGUUGAAUCGCAAGGGCUGCCACAGAUCGAAGGCUUCGACCAGACUCCUGAAUCAAACGAAGACGUGCUUUCAGUGUUCUUGGCAAACAUUGCAUUGACAGCAUCUGCUGAGAAGAAGGCCGAAGAAGAUGGCGAAAAGAUACAACAGGUAACGAUCUCGACGAUCCAUGCGGCGAAAGGUCUGGAGUGGCCAGUCGUGUUCAUACCGGCUUGCUACGACGGAUCCAUCCCUCACUCUCGAGCAGACGACCAUGAUGAAGAGAGACGGCUACUUUACGUGGGCAUGACAAGAGCUCAGGCUUUGUUGUAUCUCAGCUGUCCGAUCAAGAACACCCAACGGGAAGAGACUACCAUCUCGGCUUUCUUGACACAUCCAGGCGCUGGAAGAUUCUUUGAGGAACAUGGUCCAAGCCUGCCUUCUUCCGCGGUUGCAAGUCUCUGUACGACACUCAGAAGAGAUUGUCCGACCGAGACAUGCAUAUCAGAGACCAGAAAGACACUGGAGAGCGAUGAAGACAAUCACUGGCCGCUGAAUGGGGAGGAAGUGUUUGCUGACUCAAGCCGAUGGGACUCCAGCACCGCAACCACGGCUUUGCCAGGCUUCGGCACUGCCAGAAAUAUACCCACCGUUCAGGCAUCCUCAUUACAUCAACCGCAGUCCUAUUCAACAGCAUCUGCAACUAUGAAACCUGGGUUCACUAGCGUCAAGGAACGCUAUGAUGAUCUGAUGGAGCAAGCACAGCUACGAAAAGUCGACAAGCGUGCUGAAGAGCAGAAGACGUCUGAGGAGGCACCCAAGGGCCGCAAACGGCAGAUUGAAGGCCAGGGGACUAUUGCAAGCUUCUUCGCUAAGAAGCAGAGGUCAUCAGCAGAACCAUCGGCACCUUCGCAGCCUUCGUUGAAGAACUCACGUCCACUGCAAGCCAUGUCCGCAUCUGCAGCGAACAAACAUACUCCAUCCGCCCCAGCUGCCAGGCCACCUCUUCCAACACACAAACCACGAUCAGCACCAUUGACUAGGAAGCCUCAGAAGCCGGUAGACGAGAACGACGCAUCUCAAGAUCGAUAUGUAUUCCUGUCUAGCUCACCUCGGAAAGGAGACGAUGAACCACCCGUGCCACACGAUGACGAGGGAGAGGCCACGGCGAAGACCGGUGACACAACGCCUAUAUUUCGACCGGCCAGUACCUCCCACGCCACAUCGAUGACCAGCGUUACGACAACACGAAAAACACUUGGCGUUCGGCGUAGUUUGCAGGGCUGGAGUGCACGGAAGUCUUGA